ACCGAGGCUGCACAAGGGGGCGGAUUCACUACGGAAGAUCGAGAUCACAUUUUGGUUACUACGCUUCCCCGCGACCCUGUGGUUCGGUCCAUCCAUGGGUCAACAACAAGAAUAGAUAAAUGAACUCGACAGAACAUUCUAAAUUCAACGGAUUUUUCUUUGAUGACCCACUGGGCCUGCUGAUCCAAAUAAGUGAAAAUGGGUUCAUUAACUAGCAGGCAAAAUGCUGGUGUUGAAGAAGUCGACAUAGUGUCAAACCAUGCCUACAAAUAUCCACCACGUUCAGGCAGCUACUUUGGCAGUCAUUUUAUAAUGGGUGGUGAAAGAUUUGACACACCUCAGCCAGAAGCAUAUCUUUUUGGAGAGAACGCAGAUUUAAAUUUUCUAGGAAGUCGACCAACUCCGUUUCCAUAUCCUCCACCUCAAGCAAAUGACCCAACAAAAACACUCAAAAGUCUGAUUAAUAUUAGGAAGGAAUCACUGCGACUAAUACGUGCUAUAGAUCAAACUUCAACUUCCUCACAUCAUAACAGCAAACAUUAUGGGGACGGGGAUGCUGAUUAUAAGCCAUCGAAAUUUAACAUAGAAUUCACAUUUGACUGUGAUGUCAGAUGUGCUAUCACUAUUUAUUAUUUCUGUACAGAGGAUGUUACUGCAAAUGGAGUUGUGUACAUACCACGAGAUCCUUCUAUGAAUUCUGAAACGUAUCAUUACAAGAAAGGAGCGAAUCAACAGUUCAGCCAGUCUUCUCACAUCUUUGAUCCAACAUUGUACAACGAAGAAGAUUUGUUGUACAAUCCUGAUAGAGAGCUGAUCUCAAUGGCAAUUCACUGUGUUGCUGAGGAGGGGGCUGAGGAACCAAAACAAUCUCAUACUACCAUUGCAGUGAUAGAAAAACAUUCUGAUGGAUCCUAUGUGUUGAAAGCCCUGAAACAGAAACUCUUUGUGGAUGGGCUGUGUUAUCUCUUACAAGAGAUUUAUGGGAUCGAAAAUAAAAACAGUGAAAAUGCUAAGCAACAAGGCAGCGAUGAGGAUACCGAAGACAGUGGCUCGGAGUGUGUGAUAUGUAUGUGUGACGUACGUGACACACUGAUUCUACCAUGCAGACAUUUGUGCCUGUGCAAUGGAUGUGCGGACUCGCUACGAUAUCAAGCUAACAAUUGCCCAAUAUGUCGUGCCCCAUUCAGGGCUUUGUUACAAAUUAAGGCUCUACAAAAAGCUACUGGGGUAAUACUGUCAAAUCCCCCGCUAGCCGAGGGAAGUUGUGAAAAUAUACCAUCAGGAUAUGAAGCUGUUUCGCUUAUAGAGGCUUUAAAUGGUCCUUACACACCGAGAGCAACAGUUCUUCCAAUGGAAUCCUUGGACACUCCUGACGCCGAUACAGCUAGUGCCAUUCAGGCUGCUGAAAUUUUGAAUCGAUCAGCUGAGCGCACACCCGUUUCCAAACACGCGUCUCCAAAAGAAUCAGAGAAGUCACCAAGAACUAGUGGUAUGCCUUGUGCAACACCCGAGUUCCGAAUGUCUGUUCUACUUGCAAGGGAUGAAAAUUCGGGCUCUCAAAAAGAUCUUCGCAGCCUAACACCCGCGACGCGAGCAAAAGUAGUUGGUCGUCCACGUGACAAAACUGCCCUACGCACGCGAGAUACCUUGAGACUUGUUAAUGAAAAGCAAUCAACAACCAUUGACGAGGGCCAAGAUGAUGAUAGCGAAGCAGAGAAACUGUCUCCUUUAUUGGAUGCUGCUACAAGUACAGAAGCACUGGACGCUCAUCUUCAUCCAAUUCACAAUAUAGAGCCUAUAGACGAUUUGGAUAUUGAUGAUGAAUUGCAAGUGGAAAAUGGAAGUACAAAGAUCCCAGACCGUUCUAAUGAAAAAAGCGGACAUUAGGUUUUUAUUAUUUCUUCUUGGAUUCAUUGCUCAACAAUAAAAUAAUAGUCAGUGACACCCUAUGUUUUAUCCUGAGUUAAUAUUGGGCGAAGGUUUUUAAAGUUAUUAUUUAUCCCUCAAGCGUUUUCGAAGGGACUUAUUUUUGUUAACAGAACUUGGACAGCUUGAAGCAGGUGGAUAAAUAGUAUUAUAAAUAGUUGGGGCUUACAUUCCCAACUAAUGGAAUGUCUAUAAUUCCAUUUUCAAUUCUGAAUAUUUUAUAUUAGCCUUUUAUCUGUACAUAAUCUCAACAAAUCAACCAUGUAAUUGUAAGACAUAUGUCUCUCCCGUUUGUGGUUGAAUGAUAUUAUAAUUUUCAAUAAGUUUUACAGAAUAUCUCAUUUUAAUGAUUUUCAAAAUAAAUAUCUUGAAAUCAA